UUUUAUACACAUUUUCAGUGACACACAUACAAAGAAAUGGGGGCUCUACCUUUGUACGUAGAGUCAGUCGACGCCUCGCAUCGUACAUACACAUGCACGUCUCACGUGUUUGUUUCUAUUGGUGGAGGAGUUAGCCACUGGCCGCCGAUGUAGUAGUAGUACACAGAGCAUUCAGUAGUAUAUAAGGGCGACUCUUUCGUACGACCACGCAUAACCGACAGGGAGUCAUUCCAUGACACGCGUUGCACGCGACCGGGGCAGUCUCUCUUCCUCCGUUUUUUCCUCUUCGUCGUUAUUCUUUCGCCGUAUUGUGAUUGCCGCUUAGUUCGUCAAAGUGGUUCCUAGGGGGUAGCUUGACCCUCACUCUCGCCUUCUUUGCCCCUCUUCUUUUUAUCUUUUCUCCCUCUCUCAAGAUUCAUCAUCCUUUGCACAACGAUUUUCCGCAUUUCUAUACGAGCACGCCAGUAUCUAUCUUUACUAUUGAGAAAUCUCCUUAACAGAUUCGUCGUACUCGUUUGGAAUGUCUUUGUCGAUGAUCGCCACAGGAGGAUCGUGGCUGACGUUAAUGUUGUCCAUGUGCUUGAUGUUAAUGGUUCUGCUAUUGGUGGUCCGACGAGGGAAAUUUCUCUAUGCCCUAAGAAAAGUGCCAUACCCGCCUGCUUUGCCCAUCAUUGGCAACGCGUAUCAAUUAUGUUGCAGUCCGGAAGAAGCCUUCAAAAAGAUGCUGAAAUGGGGAAAAGAGUUAGGUGAUAUGUAUUUGGUUUGGGUAGGCAUGCGACCGUUUAUCUUCCUCUACAAAGCAGAAGCGAUACAGCCACUGCUAAGCAGUAGUGUUCACAUCGAUAAAAGUUUGGAGUAUGGAUACUUGCGACCUUGGCUUGGUUCCGGUUUGGUAACAAGCACUGGUGAGAAAUGGCAUUUUCGCAGGAAAUUGCUAACACCAACCUUCCACAGUGGUCUUCUGGAAGUAUACUUGAAGACGGCAAUCAGAGAAGCCCAAAUAUUAAUCUCGUGCCUAAGUCAGGAAGUCGAUAAACCAGAAUUCGACAUUGUUCCUUAUGCCAAACGAGCGACGUUGGAUAUAAUAUGCGAUAGUUCCAUGGGAUGUAACAUUAAUGCGCAAAAAAAUUUUGAAAACGAAUAUGUGCUGGCUGUGAACACAUUAGCUUCCAUCUCGCAAAGAAGAUUUCUAAAUGUGUGGAUGGCUUUUGACCCGAUCUUUAAGCUAACAAACUGGGGUAAAGAGUACGAUCGGGCACUUCGUGUUACUCAUGGAUUCAUUAACAAAAUAAUCGCGGAAAGAAAAGCCGAGUGGAAAGCCAAAAAGAACGAGAAUUGCCAUGAACGGUCUCAUAAACGUCAAGCUCUGUUAGACUUAUUGCUGGAAUUAUCGAAAGAUGGAGAAGUACUUAGUGACGUUGAUAUCCGUGAUGAGGUGAAUACGUUUAUGUUCGCGGGUCACGAUACCACUGCGACCAGCAUAUCCUGGUUCCUGUAUGCAUUAGGAAGACAUCCUCAGUACCAGGAAAAAAUUCUUGAAGAAUACUACGAGGUAGCAAAAGCGGAAAAAUUAUCUCUAGACAUACUAAGCAAAUUAACGUGGUUAGAAGCGUGCAUAAAAGAAUCUUGGAGAAUUUACCCAGUAGCACCACUCAUCGCAAGACAAAUUUAUCACCCUAUUACUAUUUUGGGACAUGAAAUUCCAGUAGGAUCGACGGUUCUGGUAAAUUCGUUCCUUCUUCAUCGGGAUACUCGAUACUUUCCAGAGCCAGAUACUUAUCGACCAGAACGAUUUCUUCCCAAUGGACCAAAAUAUCCUUCUUAUGCUUUCAUUCCCUUCAGUGCUGGCUCUCGUAAUUGUAUAGGGUGGAAAUAUGCCACGAUGAUCGUCAAAGUUCUUAUUUUGCAUAUAUUGCAAAAUUUCCAAGUCAAGUCCUUAGAUACAGAGGAUCAACUUCGUUUCACCAGUGAAUUGGUAUUACACAAUGCUAAUGGACUUCGUUUAAAAAUUACACCACGAAAAUAGGUUUAUACUCUCUAAUCGAAAUAGCUCCGCAAUUUUCUGCAGAUGGCAUUUACUUCUUUUUUUUAUCGAUGGUAUUUCAAAAAUUUCUUUUAAAUAAUUUUCCACAGGCGGUAAUGGUUUAUCUGGAUUAAUAGCACGAUACGAUAACAUAUCCCAUCUAUGUUGUACACCAGGAUUUGGCAUGCAUCCUGGUAAAAAACACUGACACCCAUCGAUCUGACUAUCAUUUCUGUUUAAUGUAAUGUAAAUGUGUAAUCAUAUAGAAGAUGGUUAAUUAUAUACACCAAAAUGCUAGUAUCCUUACUCUGUAUCCGUUAACAUCAGAGAAUCUAUUAAACUAUCUAUAGCUUCAUUUUGUGGAGUAUUUAACUGUUUAAUUGUGGACUUCAUGGAUCUUGUUUCCAUGAUCCUUCGAUCUUCUGCAAAUGCUAAUUGUAUUUCUAUCAAGCACUGUAUACAAAUAUAAACAACACGUUAAACAAUAUAUCAGAAGAUAAUAUAAUAUAAUAAAAACACAUAUUUUACAAUA